UUGUGUCGAAAUAUUUAAAUAUUUUAACUUUUCCAAUAUGGCUGGUAAUGAGGCUGGACAUGGUGCUAUUGUCAGAAAUAGAGAUUUGAUUGAUGUGUGGAUAGAAGCACCGAGAGGAAAUAGAAAACAGGUGGUUUAUGAAAAAAUAUUAUCUCUUAUUGAUAUAACUGAUGAACCUUCCAAACAUCUUAAAAGUAAUAUUAUGAAAUGCAGCCAGUUGUUUGGGUUGAAAAUGGCAAAUAAAUGGCAGAAAGUAGGACAAUCUCGGAAUCGACUUUUACAAAAUCAGGUAUAUUGGUUAGACAAGAUUAUAUAUAGAAUAAAUAAUGAUUCUGAAGAAAACACAUCUUCGGAUGAGGAACAAGAACCUCCUUGUCACUCAGUUGGACGGCCACGGGUACCAUUUGAAGAGGCAUCGAAGAAAACAAAACGAAGACGUGUAGCCGAACUAACCACAGACAGAUCUGCAAAUGAACUUCAAUUUGCUGUAAAUGUCGUUUCUGGAAGCAAUCACAGUGAGGUCUCGCCACAAAUUUUUAGUUUUAGUACAGCUGAAGCUUUAGCCCUCAUGGUAGAUUUGGAUAUAUCCGUAAGAAGGUAUUUGCUACUUAGGUCUGUUAUUAAUGGUAAGGCCCAGAACUGCCUUCCUAGUUAUAAAGAAUUACAGAAAACAAAAAAUGCUAUCCUCCCUUCACAAUUUACUAUUACUGAAAUUUCUGCAGAAGUUGAUUUGCAAGAACUUGUACAGAAAACAGCUGAAAGUAUCCUUGAAAUAAUAAAUUUUGAAGAGAAAGAUUGCCGGAUUAAAGUGAUAUGCAAGUGGGGAUUUGAUGGCAGUUCUGGGCAUAGCCAAUAUAAGCAGAAAUUUUCUGAUUUAGAAAACACCGACGAAUUUCUGUUUCUUGUAGCAAUGACGCCACUCAGAUUGAUUGAUAUGGAAACGAAUAAGGUAUUGUGGAAAAAUCAGAGCCCUUCAUCUACUUUAUAUUGUAGGCCGAUCAAGUUUUUAUUUAAAAAGGAAAAUGCUGAUUUAGUGCGGAAUACGGAAAAGGAAAUAAUAACAAAAAUUGAAAAUUUGAUUCCUAUUGAGAUUAAAAGAAAAGAAGGGCACUCUUAUAUAAUUGAAGUUGAUAUGAUGUUAACAAUGUUGGACGGAAGUGUUGGAAACGUUCUAUCAGAGACAAAUUCAACUAUGAAGUGCAUCAUUUGUGGAGCCACACCCAAGGAUAUGAACACGUUAGCAGGGAUUAACCGUCCUCCUAACGUUCGUGGGCCUGAAAACAAAGCUAUAGUCGAAGCAAACAAAAAACGAAUCCAAGCAGAGUUCAGAGCCAAGCUGUCUCUAAUAGUUGACAAACCAAAACCCGGGUAUGGCUCCUCAAAUGAUGGCAAUACGGCCAGAAUUUUUUUCCACAAUCCACAAACAAGUUCAGAUAUCACAAGGGUUGACAGGGAAUUAAUCGAGAAAUUUGCGAUCAUCUUAGGAGUGUUAGCUAGUGGUUGCGCUAUUGAUAUGGAAAAGUUUGAGUCAUUGCUGGAAGAAGCAAGAAAUUUGUAUAUCCACCUUUAUAAGUGGUACAACAUACCAAACAGGGUACAUAAGGUCGUUGUUCAUGGGUGUGAGAUAAUUGAUGCAUUUUGUUUGCCCAUUGGAGAACUGUCGGAGGAUGCGCUUGAGGCUCGCCAUAAAGAGGUUAGGAAACAUCGAUUAUCUCACACCAGAAAAUGUUCUAGAACAGAUACGAAUAAGGAUCUCAUGCGUGUUCUUUUACUUACUUCUGAUCCUUUUAUAUCCUCAAAAAGAAAGCUGAGCUCAAAAAAAUAUAAGAAAUGCAACGAGGCAGUUCAGAACUAUUUAAAAAAGCAAGAAAAUGAUUAUUUAGGUAUUAACUUAGGUACAAUAACGAAUGACACAGCACCGAGCAAGAAAUCCUAUUCCGAUUAG